CGGACAGAAGAGCUUGAGGCAGCUUGAGAAAGAAAGAAAGCGCAUGCUACCCGUGGUCAGGCGGGGAUUCUUCUGAGAGAGACAGGGGAGGGCGGAGCGCUCUAUCAAAGUCAACUGGCAACGAGGAAGUGUUUUGGAAAGCCAUACCUUCCCUGGCACAUAAGAUAUUAAAUAUACGCCCUGGGAGAGAGAGAAAAAUCACAAACGUUGGUGAGGGAAAAGAAGCUGAAGCAACACAGCGGAGACGGGAGCUCCAAGGAAACGCUACGGUCACAACCGUGGUGUUAUGAAGGCGCAGCCAGUGUCUUGGGCAUUCGCCCCAUUCCACCAGCAGUCAGUUACGCGACCUGAUUUACCAACCCUUUGCCUCUCUGAGCCUCAGUUUCUCCGUCUUCAGAAUGGAGGGUUGGAGCCAAUAAGCCCCUAUCUCUGAUUCUCGUGAUUCAGACAACGCCCGAGUCAACGCAGGGAGGAAGCCUAGAGGCCCGACCUGGUCAUGUCUGGUUUCUUAAGAGUGCCACUUGCCUGAUCACAGAGAAUCCUCAGGACUGCGGGGAUGAGUCAUCCUGUGCAAAAGAGCUGGACCCCCCAGAAUGCACGGAAGGUAGGCUCUGCUCCAGCUUCCCACCAGCUCCUUGUCCCCCUGGAACUUUCCUCUCCGGAGCUGGUCACCACAACACCUCCUUCUGUGACCUCUGCCCUCCUGGGUUCUUCAACCCCUGGCCUGGCCAGGACGCCUGUUUCCCCUGUGGCUCAGAGGCCAGCCAGCCAGAGAAGGGCAAGGACACCUGUAUCUGCCAUGGACCUGGGCGAGUGUUCCAGCCCAGUGACAGUCGGUGCCCCUGCCUCCCAGGCUACCAAGACAUUGGCAAGCCCAUGGGUUGUGUCCAGCGGGAACACAAAAGCUGCAAAGACGGGGCCACUUGGAACCAGGAGGGGCUAUGUUUGACCAAAGAUCAAUGGGAUGACCACUGUGCUAAUGAGGUGUGUGCUAUACCAGGAGACGCCCGGGGCUAUGACCCACACCUAGGGCUCUGCCUGUGCUGGGGACAAUACUCAAGUGACAUGUGUGGACCCCUGUGCCCAAGAGAACAGAAACAUGCCCUGCAACUCAGCUGCCCUGGUGGCAUCCCACAGCUUUCCAUCACUGAAGACACCGGGGUCCAGGAUUUUUACCUGCUGGACAGGCCUUCUUCACCACGUGCUGUGGGCCAUCCCUGCAACUUGGACCAGGGGCAGAAGUCUGUCCCUCUGUACGUGGUCAAGGUAGAUGAGCUUGGCUUCUUGGGGCUGACCAGACCAGGUCACGAGCUUCUUCAGCCACUGGCUUUGCCCCUUACCAAUUUUGGGCGUCCAGACCAGGGUGCAGGAAAGAUGAAGGAAGGACAUCUGACCUCCCACUGGUCACUGAACCGCAACUCCACACACCCUGAGGAUCUGCCGCCUCCAGAGCCAGGCAUCCGAAACCCCACUGUCUGCCUCCAAACCAAUGACACGCUGGCCUUCGUGGUGACCCGGGAACAUUACCCGGAAUAUGACGUGGGCCACUUCUACAACACACUGGAGCAGUUUGACUGGGGGCGCUUUCGGGCCCUGGCUGAGGAAUCCCCACUCUCUGAGCAGGGCCCCCACCUCUUUCUGCAGCAGUUCCAGCUGCCUGGGGUCUAUAUUUUUCAUCUGAGCAGCAACCGGCAUCGGAAGAUGUACCUCCGCACUCUUCCACCCGGGGGCCAGUGCUUUGGGGACGGGCCCUUUGCCUCCACAACCCCCAGGUAUCUCAUCCAGACUGGCAUCGCCAAGAUCCCCAGCCCCAUGAAGAGGUCUGCCUGGCCAGAAGUCCUGGGGGAGAUUGUGCUGCUCCUGGGCCUCUGCCUGUUUUUGUUGCUUCAGUGUCACAGCCUCAGCUGGGCGCGGAAGGCCGCCCCUCAUCCCACCUACAGAAACCAUCAGCAAGGAUACAACCUGGAUGCAUACACGUCCCCAAGAACUGGGGUGCUGUCAGUGAGGAGAGGCCAAUCUCAACAAGAUUCCGAUGCUCCCAGAGAUGAGGGAGGUCAUGGUGGGAGUUGGGAGGCUGAGAAACCGGUAGACCUCGAGUGGUUUGACACAGAAGCCUUCUUUGGGAUCCUGCUCCGGCAGUCUCUGACAGUGACAGCCAAACUCAGCCAGAACAAGGAGGAGCUCAAACUCUUCUACCUCAAACUUCUGGGUGAAGCUCGUUCCCUGAAGCAGCUGUGGGGUGCUCAGCAUGGAACCACAGCCUCCACUAACCAGCACCUGCGGAGCACACAGAAGGGACAGCAAGAGGUUGCUGAGGCUGCUGCCAGGGCAGCAGAGGAAGAGGCCAGGCGGAGGGCGCACCUGGCGGCUGAGUACACAGCAAGCCUUAGCCAUCAGCUGAAGGUCCUUCAGCAAGACCUCCGGGCCAGGCAGGAGCAGUGGGCCACCUUCUGCUCAGCACUGAUGCAGGCUAAGCGGCUGCUGAAGGCACAGACAGGCUCCGGGCCACGGACGUCCUCCCGGGAUGGGCAGAAUCCUGAAGGUGUGAUUCCCCAGAUGGACACCGUGCUGGCCCACCUGUCCCAGGCCUUGCUGCAGGAGGGCCACCGCCUAAAAGCCUGGGGCUUCCUAGGCACCGGCACUGGGGCAGAGCUGCUGAGGCCAGACUUGGCAGACCCUCGAGAGGGCGCCGAUGACAUCAGAAUGAAUCCAAUCACCAUGCUGCUGGUCCCCGGCCCCAACUGCGCCAUGCUUGCAGCCAGUGGCCACGCAGGGCCCAUACCUCCUGGCUACUUCAUCCACCCUGACACUGGGCAUGUCCUGCCCGAGGCUGGACACCUGGGAUACGACCUGCUGAGUGCUACCUUGGUGCCUACUACUGACUCUAAUACUGGUAGCAUCCGAACAUCAGAAGCUGCCGUCCUCCCCUACGUGCCCUACCCAACUUGUUCCGACACAGCUUCUCUUCCAGCCACGGUCCUGCCCGUCCUGCAGCCACAGAGAACGUCCCAGCUGGGGGCUCUCAUGACCGAUCCUGUAACAGGCAUCGAGGUGCCUGUGCUGGCUGUCACUCUGCACCCCCAAACGAGGCAGUGGCUCACUCUUGGAGGAACAUACUGUAAUCCUCUCACCAAAACACUGGCCCCCCUGGAGUUGGGAGGCCCGAUGGAGGACCCAGUCACAGGCGGUGUCGCACCGAUCCUUGGGGUUGGAUUGGACGAAAACACAGGUCAGGUGCGUGCACUGGUGGGUCUGCGAGAUGCUGCCGGGAACCUUCUGCUGCCUGGCGACACCUUUGUGGAGCCACUGAGCGGGAAGACAGUCCGGCUCCAAGGGGCUUCCCAACAGGAGGGCCGGACAUUGCCCUGUACGGGAGGGUCGCAGGCCCUGCUGGAUGUCAAUGUGCUGAUGGCCCAGAGAAGAGUGAUUGCAGUGCUCCAGCAGUGGCAGGAGAACCCGGAGUGGAGGGCACAGGGGCCCCUAGAGGCUGCCAUCAAGGACAUGAGGCAGGCGCUGGCCUUGAGUCUGCACCAUAUCCUGCAGCAGGCUCGGAGACUGGCCAGACAGCUGGAGGCAGCACGUGGCAUCGAAGCCAGUGGUGGCAGGAUGGGAAUAAUGUGCUAUCCUGGGACAGAGGUGUGGAUCCCAGCCCUGUACGGGUUGGAGAUCCCAGACCCUCAGGGCUCAGGACUCAUGGUGCCCAUCCUGGGUAUGCAGCAAGAUGGGAAUUCUGGUAAUGCCACGCCCCUGGCAGGCUCAAUGGAAGAUGCCGAUGGUAAAGGUCUUGUCCCAAUCUCCAUUGGGUCUCAAGCCAUAGACCCCUUGACCAGGGAGCAUGGUCCUGUCAUUGGUGCUCAAGUGGAUCCCCUUGGCAGUGUGGUGGUACCCGUGGUACAGGUGCUAGAGGCCUUGCCUCGAGGAACGAGAGACCCUGGUCUGUGGGACCUCCUGGAGCGGGAGCUGAGAGCCCGACAGCAGUACUGGCACCACCAGGAGCAGGAGGAAGAACGCCUAGUGGAGUACCUAGGGCACCUGGGCCAGGAACUCCACACUCCAGGCAACAACAUCAGGCUUCAGCUGAAGGCUGCCAAGGAGGCCUGUGCAGCCCUGGAGAGCUGCUGCCUGCAAGAGACACAGCGGAGAGCCAGCAUUCUGAGCAUGCUCAGCAGCCCAGAGCGGGGCCUGCUCUCUCAAGCAGACAGAGAAGAGUGGGAAGAGGAGGCACAGGUGGCGCUGGGCAUGCAGAAGGUCCUGCAGAGUUUAGAGCAAGCAGUGGAAAAGCUCAGGCAAGCGUCUCUCAGGCUACAGGGCCAGGAGGAGGAGAUGCGGCUGCAGCAGGGUAGGAAUCAGAACCCACAAGUCUGGAACUGGCCCAGGAAGGUAGUCCAGCAUCUUUCUGAUGAGUUUCAGAAGAUGGUGAGAGACAGACAGAAGGUCCUGGACAGGGCCCGUGGUCAGUUACAGUUCCAACGGGAGCUGAGCCGUCUCCAGCUUUUACACACGCAGAUUAUUGCCUCGGGAAUCCCUGUAUGUUUGGAGAAUUAUCCUGGAGACAGAUUCUAUGGAAGAGUCACUACUUCUUUCAGGGACCAGGCUGCUGCCUGCCCCAUGUUAAUCCCAUUUCUGAAAAACCUCACUGCAGUGCUUGAAGAACAUCAAGAACACAGCAGAGGGCUGGAGGAUCAAAAGCUAAGAGCAGACACAAAAAGCUUUUUGCAGGAUCUUCUAAAACCUCAAACAAUGCAGAAGAAAGAGCUAAUAAUUGUGCCAACCACAGACCUUUCUGCCAGGGAGUUUGUGGUUUACCAGUACGGCCUCUCUGUCCUGCAUCUCCUCAUCCCCCAGCUUCAUGCUCCAGAAAUCACUCUGCAGAUUGCUUCUCAUCUCCCCACCACAGAAGCCUCAGGCAAUGCCUUCCAAGAUUCCUUCUUCUAUCAGAGUGCUGAAAAUACACUGUUUGUUGAUAGAGAGUGUUUGGCGUCUGUGGGAAGCUUUGUUCUCUUAUUGAUCCACUGCCUGGCCCACAUUGCUGCUGGAGACCUCGGCCAGGACUCCAACCCCACCUUUCUGAGAUCAUUUUAUGAGGGACUAAAGGCCUAUUUCAGGGACGCAUUCUCUACCACGCUGCAAAUGUCAGCAGUUUCCUGGGAUAGCAAGCUUGACCAAAGCAUAAGUGCUAUUCUGCUGGCAGAGCACCCCAUUUCUGAAAGAGAUAAAGAUAUUCUCUCUAAACUCAUUGAAAGGAAGCAUGAGUGUCAUUUAGAGCCAGAGUCAUCAGAAGAGUAUAUUAAGAGAAACAAAGAUCUUCUCCUUUUCACCAAUAUGGAACAUUUCCUGAAAAGCAUCCUUGCUUCAGAACAACAAAUUCUAAAAUUAUCAAGAGAUCAGUUUGGGAGUGAAGACAAGCACGGUGAACGGUCUUAAACACUGAGAUCAAGACCAGAAAUUGGCAACUGAAAGAGAUAACUGAGCACUGACUGCGGCUCUGGCCUCUAGUCCACUUCAUUCAAAAUCAUCACCAUGGACAGGAUAAAAUUUAAUUUUCAAACUUUAUUAAAGAAUACUACAUCUUUAAAAGUGAGCAGAUUGUAAAUGUACCACCUAAUUGAAUUUUCCAAUGUGUCCAAUCCCAUGUAACCCAAACCAAGAAAUAAACAACUUCGAGAAGAACUUCGA